GGUACUCGGCCCUUUUAAUUUUUGGGUAUCUGCUGGAGUCGUUUCAAAGUGGUAUUGGGACAUUGAAGGAAAUUUUCCUUACGCCCGAGGUGGAGUCCUGUACGAGAAACCGUCGUCUGUGAAAGUACUAGACCUUGACGCUGCCAUGUCCGUCUGCAAGGACUUCAAGCGGCAAGUUGAAGGUAUUACCCACGGUUUCGUUGACGAGAAUUUCUCUCACUCUGACAGCGAGUCGGAGACUGGAAGCAGCUUUGGGCAUUCGGAAAGUACACCAUUGACGGCGACGGGUCGCCACAAGGAUCGUAGCAAUCAGGCAGCAGAACUGGAGGUCAACCGGCUGCCAUGGAAUCUAGUGAGCUUCAUCACGAGGGCCUUACAAUUUGUUUGGGUUGGCCUUGGAGUGAUGGGGGCUUUGCGGGAGACAGAUGCCGUGGUCUUCGAUUGGCAGAGGUCCUACAUUGUGGAAGAGCGCCGACUUCAAGAGGAACUGGCUUUCAAUCCCAUUGAAGUCGACUGGCCCUUGGGCGCCUUCUUUCGGCCCGAGCAUCUGGCGUGCUCACCUCAAGGGCUUUUGAUUUCUAGCUCUUUCUCCCAUUUUGUACUCAAGGAAGAAUCGCACGGGCCAUUCCUGGAGCUCCAGGAGGAUCUCCCGGGCCAAUCACGACUGCUUUGCGAUGGAAACCAUUGUGUCCGAGCAGAGUUUCCAGGGGCAGACCAACUGCGUCUACACGUGAACAAUACAGGGCAAUAUCAACUCCAUGCGCUCCGUCUGCCACGCGCAUCACGAUUCUUUGCUGGAGCAGUCCUUCCUUGCUCUGCCCUGGAUGUCUUUGCGUCCGAGCCCUGGUGUGUGUUGAUGGUCUUCGGGUCAGAGGAGAAGGAAAAAUCGCAAAUGCUUCAGACUGCCUGGGCCAAACUGCAAAGGAGUUCAGAGGGCAGUACGCUGCUGAAAAGUCACAAAGAGAUGCAGCUGGACUUUCGCAAUCACUCCACAGGUUGGGAGAAGCUGUCAACACUACAUCUGAAGCAGGGGUGGCUGUGGGUGCUUUUCUCCAGUGGCCGCCUAGAGCUUUGGAAUCUUUUGGGAAAGCGACCUGAAAGAAUAGCAGGUCGAAUGGCCACUUGGCAGGAGUUCGGUAAAGGAGACCCUUUUCAGGUGAGUCCUCGCUUGUGGAGCUGAAGUAGCACAGCGCGCAGGAGAAGCCGGCAGUUUGAGUGCAAUGUCUUGUUUGGACGUAGAGGGGAGCCGAAAGGAGCCGGCUUGCCCGUCUCUACUUUCUUGUUCUCCCUUCCUAGGCAAUACGUAGUAGGCAUCAAGAAGUAAAUGCUGGUGAAGGCAACCAGGGGCCGGGAGUUCCACGAAAAGGAGAUCAACAAUAGACGCCGCAGCAAAGCAGGCCACCUUAGCUGCCUGUCAGAACCAAACUAGAUGUGAGCCUGUGAGACACUCAAUUUGCAUGUCGCCAGCCGUGCCGUGAAAAGAAA